AUGAGCACCUGUCCGGGGAUAUAUUUUGAUAUUGGCAAGAAGGCUAAAGAUGUUCUGCACAAGGACUAUUCAAAUCUAUCGCCAAUUCACUUUCACUACCAAUUCAUGGACUAUAACGUAGACCUCUCUUGCCAAUUAAAUGAAAUUCUGCCUGGAUUCAGGAGCCUUUUCAAAUGCACCAUACCUGAUUCUGGGAAGGUGGAGAUACACCACUUGACUAACUACACUGGGAUUACUGGAUGCAUUGGACUAGAAGGAAACCUAGAAAAAGGAUAUGACCCUGUUCUAAACUUGUCGGGUCUAUUGGGAACAAACAUUUUGUCCCUUGGAGCCAAUGUUGCUUUAGACAUACCAACGAGAACAUUCAGUAAUCUGAAUGCUGGAUUAGGCCUCAACACUCCCUUCCUUGUUGCUUCCUUGACCAUGCAUGACAGUUUUGACAUUCUGAAAGCCUCCUGUUAUCAUGAAGUGAACCCCCUAAGCAAGACUGCCAUUGCAGCAGAGCUGAAGCAUAGCUUGUCAAUGGGGGAGACUAGUGCUACCAUUGGUGCUCAGCAUGCAUUUUUACCGCAAACGUUGGUAAAGGCUCGAUUUGACACCUUUGGCAAGGCAGGUGCUGUUAUUCAACAAGAGUUCUGGGAGAGAUUUUUUGUAUCUAUGGCUGGAGAAGUGGAUUUUAAGAACUCAGAUAAUAAUUUGCAUCCCAAGGUUGGAGUCUCAGUGGCUUUGAAACCCUAG